GACGCUCGAGGAGGCACACGAGGUGGAGUGUGGACGGGUGACUCGCGCCACCGCCUCUCCCGAGGGCGCGUUCUGACCAGGAUGUCAGAUAAACUCAAGGAACGCAAAAGAACCCCGGUUUCCCACAAAGUGAUAGAAAAGCGGAGGAGGGACCGGAUUAACCGCUGUUUAAACGAGCUGGGCAAGACGGUGCCCAUGGCCCUGGCGAAGCAGAGUUCCGGGAAGCUGGAGAAGGCGGAGAUCCUCGAAAUGACCGUUCAGUACCUGAGGGCCCUCCACUCUGCUGAUUUUCCCCGGGGAAGGGAAAAAGAACUGCUAGCGGAGUUUGCCAACUACUUCCACUACGGUUACCACGAGUGCAUGAAGAACCUGGUGCACUACCUCACCACCGUGGAGCGGAUGGAGACCAAGGACACCAAGUACGCGCGCAUCCUCGCCUUCUUGCAGUCCAAGGCCCGCUUGGGCGCCGAGCCCUCCUUCCAGCCGCUAGGGUCACUCUCGGAGCCAGAUUUCUCCUAUCAGCUGCACCCAGCGGGGCCAGAAUUCACGGGCCACAGCCCCAGUGAGGCCUCCGUGUUCCCGCAGGGCGCGGCCCCCGGGCCCUUUCCCUGGCCGCCUGGAGCGGCUCGCAGCCCCGCGCUGCCCUACGUGCCUAGCGCGCCCGUGCCGCUCUCCAGCCCCGCGCAGCAGCACAGCCCCUUCCUAACGCCGGUGCAGGGGCUGGACCGGCAUUACCUCAACCUGAUGGGCCACGCCCACCCCAAUGCCCUCAAUUUACACACUCCCCAGCACCCCACGGUGCUCUGAAGCCAACCGAGCCGCCAGAUUUCUCUGCGCU